AUGACUGAAUCUAGUCAAAAAUUCCGCAGACAUAUAGAUCGAAUGCAAUCAGCUCCCCCAGAUGAGAGCUAUGCUUUGCUUCCAGAAUCUUCAAAAAACUCUUCAGCUUUCAAUCUAAACGCAAAUGAGUUUGUGCCGGGAGGCACUCCAUCAGCAUCAGAACCCAAGCCUUUAACAUCUGAGUCUAAAACAAAAUUGAGUAUAUCAGCAAUGGAGUUCAACCCACUUGCAAAACCUUCAGUCCCCCUGCCGGCAUCUGCUUUUAGAGCAGAUGCCCCAGAAUUUACCUUGAAGUUUGGACCGACUUCAUCGAUGCAAACUCUUUCUCUCAACGCUGCAGUCAACGUUCCUGAGUUUAUUCCCGGUGGACAGUUUAAACUUGAAGAGCAGCCAGCCAAAGUGGAAGAAAAAGCUCCUGAGCCUCCAAAAAUUGAAGAAGAAAUUGUAGAGCCUGAAGAUAAAUUUACACUGGUUUUCAAUCGAGCCCUGGUUGAACAAGAAAUUGCUGAAGAAGUAGACUUUGCCGAUGUGGCAAUCAAGGUAGACGAGAGGAUCAUAUAUACAUAUGAAGAAAUCGAAAGAAUAGGCAAGGAAAUAGAAAACGAAAGCGAGUACUCAAAAAUCACAGCUGAGCUAUCACAACUAAGUGAUAGGAAAAUUUUUAAGUCGAGCAGGAAAAGGGACAAUAAAAGGCAUGAUUCUAAGAAAGGGCAGAGGAAAGAUAAAGAGUGGAGAGAAAAAGAGCAACAAGGGCAAACGCUUACAAUAGUCAAUUGGAGGAGGGAAAAAACAACUGAAGAAGAAAAAAUCAUCCAGAAAGCAAGGGAGCAUACUGCAAAGCUGAAAGAAAAUAAAGAAGAGGAAGAAAAGAUCAAAAGGACUAUAAAAGUUACUCUAAACAAGCUUUCACCAUCAAAUCUGGAGAAGCUAAGGGACCAGCUUAUGGACAUUGGGAAAUCAUCUCCUUCUUCUUUGCAAAUUCUUGUAGCUGGGAUUUUUGAUAAAGCAUGGUCAGAGCCAAAAUACACUCAGAUGUAUGCACAAAUGUGUGGCCACUUCAAAGUCGCGUUUGAGAGUCACAAGUUUCCUGGCCUAGAAGAAGAAAAAACGCCAAAAAAUCCUUUCAAAAACGAGCUCCUCAUUAUGUGUGAAGAAUCAUUUAAAUUUGUUCCAUCAGAAACCGAUUACGAAGGACUCGACGAAGAAGCCGCUGAAAAAAAGAAAGUUCUCCACAAGAAAAAAACCCAAGGCAAUGUCCGAUUUAUCGGUGAACUUUUCAAUGUGAAGCUGAUCACCACUAAAAUCGUGCUCAUGUGUAUUCACGAAAUGCUUGGACUUGAUGAAGGCUCUCAAGGAAGACCCCAAACUCUUGACGAAGACAAGCUAGAAGGGGCUUGCAUUCUACUAAGCACAGGCGGAGCUGGCUUCGAGCGAGGGUCUUUAAAGAAAGAAACGAAUAAAGUGUUUGAGUACCUAUCGAGCCUAAUUCAAAAUAAAACAACGCUUUCUUCUAAACUGAGGUUCAAGAUCAUGAAUUUAGUCGAUGAAAGAAACAGCGGGUGGAGCAAGAACAAGAAAGAUGAGCCGACAACUAUUGAAGAAGUCCAUGCUGAGUUUGAGAAAGAGCAGAGUAUCAUCCAGCAAAGGCAUGAAGUUCGCAGAUAA